AUGGCUAUAGCUAUGACAAUUGUUUGGGGAAACAAACUGCAGUGUCUUUCCCACAGUCCAAAGACACGAACCACCGGGUUUUCUGUUUCUACUGGUCAGGUCUCACCAUCAUCAGACUCUUCCGGUCCAAACCGUUGGUUUAAACCAGAGGUUGAUACACCCUCAUCUCUCCGUUCGAUUCAGAUCGAGGAAAAAGCUAUGAAGGAUCUCAAGCGUUUUUACAGCAGUGUUAAGAUUGUGAAGAACCAGUCUUGA